GCUUGUAUUGAGUUUGGUGACUAUAUUUUGUUUCCUACUCACCACGGUAGUGCUACUUGGAACCCUGACAACAGUGGGCCCUUAUGUCAGUAAAAAUGAUCAUCAUCUCAAGGCUAAGAACGUUUUUUAUCCCGAACCGGAAACAGAAUCAGUGAUACGCGAUUAUUCCUUACCCGUCCACACAUAUAAGCAAGGAACAAUUGAUGCUAAGAAAUCAUACAGACUUGCAUCUCUUUUACAAAAAAUGUUGAAAACUCAUCCAAGACAAGCGGAUGAUUAUUUCGGAUUUAACGUCACGAGAAGUGACGAGAUCUCGGUGAUGAGAGACGUACCUGAUGCUAGACCAUCUGAAUGCAAAAACAGGAAUUUCAACUACUCUUCUCUUCCAACAUUAUCAAUUGUCACUCCAUUCUACAACGAGGCUCUGACGCCAUUAUUACGUCACGUUCACGCCAUUUUGUCCCGAACUCCGCCACAUCUCCUGAUGGAGGUAAUUCUAGUGGAUGAUAACAGCACCUUUUCAUAUCUGGGUGAAGACCUACAAGAAUAUUUCAGAAUCUUGGAUUCACGAAUUCGAAUAAUACGUAACAAAGAGCGAAAGGGUUUGAUACUUUCAAGACUGCAAGGGGAAGAAGAAGCACGUGGAGAAGUCGUGGUUUUCCUUGAUGCUCAUAUGGAGGUUUGUGAGGGUUGGGCAGAACCACUGCUGGAGAGGAUUAAGAGUCAGCCAGCCAUUGUGGUCCAAGCACAUCCCAUUGGGAUUAAUGACCAUACAAUUCGCUUAGACACUGGGGAACCUUUACGGUCCACGGGAGGUUUUGGAUGGGACAUGAGUUACGCUUGGUUUCCUCUACCUCCAUAUUUGAAUCAGUUUCGGGCAUCCGACUGGGAACCAUUUCCCACCCCAGUACUACAAGGAUCCUGUAUCGCCGUCAGAAAGUCCUACUUUAAUGCCGUCGGACGUUUCGAUCCAGGUCUUAAGAUCUGGGGAUGUGAACACUUUGACCUAUCCUUUAAUGUCUGGAUGACAGGAGGAAGAAUUGAAACAGUACCUUGUUCAGGGGUUGGCCACAUCUACAAAAAAAACAAAUACAGUUUUGGUUCAAAUGAAAGGGUGCAUACGAUUUUGAAAAAUUAUCUACGUGUAUCGGAGGUGUGGAUGGAUGAAUAUAAAUAUUUUGUCCGUGCUGCAAUCUCCCAUAUUCGUAAUCCUCUGCCAGUGUUUACGGAAGCUGAACUGAGGUCUUUACAGGAAAGAAAGAAGUUGCGACAAGAGCGUAAUAGUAAGUCAUUUGCUUGGUUCUUGAAGAGUGUCCAUACUGAACAGAUUAUUCCAUCGAAGGAAGAUGUGUCUUUUGGAGAAAUAAAAAACACAAAGAGUGAGCAGUGCUGGUUUGUAUUUGAGGACGAGUAUGUAGGUACAACUGUACGAUGCGACCUCAUAAUAAAAGAACAAACAUUUUCUUUGGAUAGGUAUGGGAGACUGAAAUAUCUGGACAGGUGUGUUGGAUAUGAUGAGUCGACGUUUCUUCUGCAGAUCAAAGAGUGUCCAUCCAAAUCUGAGUCGGAAACAUCGAUGACAUGGGUACAUGCGAAUCACAAUUUGAUGACUGCGUAUCAUUCGGAGUAUAUUUGUGCUUCUCAAGCUAGAUCAACAUUUCCGAUCCACACUGGGAAGGAUCUAGUACAAUUACAGACAUGUGCCCAAAAAAACGAAUACCAAACAUGGAAGUUUAUGUUUGAAUUUUAGUGACGAGGGAAAGACUUUGAACGAUUCUUUGAUAAAUAUGUGGAUAAAACUGAAAAGCUAAAUAUCAUCGUGGUGACCUUUGGAAUGAUUUUCAAGAACAUACAAGAUGAUUAACCUUAAUGUUUAAACGGGAUAUUCAAAAAAUUACUUUUUCAUUUUGAAGUUCUAGGAAAGAAAUGUUGAUAAAAUUCACACAAAAUGUCACCACGCCUGACCACCUUAUCUAUUUGGUCCCCUCUAACGACCAGCAUAGGUUGCUUGGCACCAAUUCUAAUCCGGGAUCCCGGUAAAAUAAUGCAACGAGUUAAUGUUUUCAAUUGUGUUCUAUUAAUUGUAAUUGAAUUAAAUU